AUGGGGGGAUUCAUCUCGCCUUUUGGGAACAAUACUACGAAUACGAAUAACAACAAUGACGUGCAAAAUGGCGAACGACAAAACCAAUCUCAUCAUCAUCAUCUUUUCAAAAAAGCGACGACGAUUCAGACGUUAACGACGACGCAGGAGGACAACAACAACAGUAAAAAGAAACAACAACACAGGUACUGGCGAUGCUUAUUCGCCAAGCGGAAAGCAACCGCGGUAAAACGCAAAACGUUAAAGUUUGAAGACGGCGCUUUACGAGUAGACGUGGAAACGAACGAUUCCGUCCUGUAUAACGAAAAAGGCGAGAAGAAAGCGAAAGGGAAACCGGGGACGAUCGUGGAAGGCACGGAGUGUUCGCUGCAACAAUACGAGAUUGAAAUCGACAACGAGAUUGAAGAGAAGGAGUUUGCGAGUGGGAUGGCGUUUGCAAACAUCGACGUCGGCGUUCUUGAAAAAGAUGACAAGGAGGACGUCGACGACGCGACGACGAAGAAGAAGCGGAAAACGACGACUGCGUUCAGUAACACGAAAACGUUUAUGGCGGCGAAUAAUACUAAACGCGUCGUGACCGCGAAUAUGCUUAAGCCGGUGUAUUCAAUCGAUGCACCAAACGCGUGCGUGUUGUACGACGGUCAGAAACCAAACACCAUCGGUCCUAUACCGCUCGUCCUCGAUCCUUCCAUAGCGCGGUUCCUUCGCCCGCACCAAAAGAGAGGCGUCAAGUUCAUGCUUGAAAGUUGCUUGAACAUCACUUCGGAAACGAGGAGUGGAUGUUUGUUAUCCCACGACGUCGGUUUGGGAAAGACUUUGCAAGUCAUCGCGUUGAUUUGGACGAUGCUAAGACAAUCACCGAGACCGAGUUACGACGUUCAUAGGGACAUUCGGUGUUCGAUAACGAAAGCGAUUAUCGCGGUACCGGCGACGUUGGUCGGUAACUGGAAGAACGAGUUUAAAAAGUGGUUGGAUUUAAAAAUCGAAAUCGAAGCGAUUGAUGGGAGCAACACCUCGGACGCGGCGAAGAAGCAGUUGUUAAAGGAAUGGGCGCUGGAAAACCAAAAGCGAAGGCUGGUGUUAGUUUGCUCGUACGAAACCUUACGCGCGAACGCGCACUUGUUGGAAAACAAAGCGCAGUUGUUGGUGUGCGACGAAGCGCACAGACUGAAAGCGAAAGACGGGUCAAAGACGCUCGACGGAUUAAAGAAACUGAACUGUAAAAUGCGCGUUUUGCUUUCGGGAACGGCCGUGCAAAACAAUCUCGCCGAGUUCUACUCGUUGAUGGAUUUUGCCAAUCCGGGCGUUUUGAACGAUUACCAGACGUUUAGGAAAGUGUACCAGUUACCCGCCGAACGCGCGAACGAUACGAAAGCGACCGAGGAAGAGAAAAUGAUUGGUAAAGCGAGAGCGAAGGCUAUUUUCGAAAAAACGGCUAUUUUUAUCGAUCGAUGCGCCAAAUCAGACGUUCACAUCGACGGCUUACCGCCAAAGACAGAGUAUUGUUUGUUCUUAUCCCUGACUGAAGCGCAACAGAAAAGUUACAAGGCGGUGUGCGAUCAAGUGAUCAUGAAACGUGUGGACAAUCCUCUGGUAGCGUGCGGUGUUUUGCAGAAAGUAUGCAACGGCAUCGGUAUGUUAUCUUCGUCGUCUUCGUCGUCAUCGAACGAACUGCAACUCGCCAUCCAGGAAGCGAAUAAAGUAACUACCACCACGGACCCGUUGGAAACGAGCGUAAAACUGCGCGUGUUGAAGAAAAUCGUCGAUUUGUCGCAAAAAAUGAACGACCGCGUUGUCGUCGUGUCAGGAUGGACGUCCACGCUGGACAUCAUCGAAAAAGCGCUUUCAUCCACCUCGCCAGGAUUACGAUUCACUCGAUUAGACGGCACGACGCCGUCACAUAAACGCACGCAACUCGUGACUACGUUCAAUAACGGUCACGGAGGAUCCGUCUUCUUGCUCUCGAGGAAAGCCGGAGGCGUAGGAUUAAACUUAAUCGGCGCCAAUCGACUCGUCCUUUUCGAUUGUGACUGGAAUCCAGCGAACGAUUUACAAGCGACCGCGCGAAUCCAUCGCGACGGACAAAUGAAGAACACGUUCAUUUACCGUUUAUUAUCAGCGUUCACGUUGGAAGAGAAAAUAUUCCAACGCCAGUGUCAAAAAGGCGCGUUGGCGCGAUCUAUGGGUUUCGCGUGCGUCGAAAACGCCACGAACAAUAAGGAUGACGACGAUGAAGACAACGACCCGAAGACAUUCUCUUCAGACGAGUUGAGAAAGCUGUUUAAGUUUGAAUACGCGCGUAAAACUGCCAUGAAAGAACCGUGCGAGAUGGCAAAAGUGGAGAGUUGCCAGUCGUGGAUGAACGAUUGUCGGUUUUCUGGGACGUUGAACGACGACGUUUUGAAACAGAUGGACGAGGAAGCUUCGGGAAACGAGGACGUGCGAUUCUACGCGAAGCUUUCGUAA